AUGUCUCAUAAAACCAUUUCUAACGUUGUGAUCGCUGGUGGCACCGGGCGUCUCGGUCCACCGACCAUCAAACACCUCGUCAAAAACGGCUUCAGAGUCAGCGUGCUGACGCGCAAUUCAUCUUCUGCCAAACUCGCACCAGAAGUCGAUGUCAUAGAAGCAGACUACACAUCAGCCAAGACCCUGACACCAAGCCUUGAAGGUCGCGGGUUCGAUGCCAUUCGUCAUCAUUCUCAACCGCCUCGCGUACGACGCAUCGGUGAUUACAUUGCAAGCAGCGGUGAACGGUGGUAUUUAUCGAGCCAUCCCAUCAUUCUUUGGUGUUUCUCUCGACAAUCCCGAGAUAGCCAACAUGCCGUUCAUGAAGACCAAGCUGCCAGUAUCAACACUGGCAUAUUCCUGGAUUGGGUCCUUGAUGAAGACAUAUUUGUUGGUCUCUCGGGCAAGGCACCAACUCGUGUGGCGGACGGCGGAGACAUUCCCAUGUCUGCUACUGCUCUCGAUGAUAUCGGUAAAGCAAUCUCUGCUGUGCUCUUGAAGCCCUAUGAGACAGUUAACAAGUUGUACUACAUACACACUGUGGUUAUGACACAGAAUCAAGUCUUGGGUUAUGCCCGCGAGGCUGCCCCGGAUGCAGUGUUUGCAGUUGAACAAGUCGACACGAAGGUACUCGUCGAAGCUGCGUGGAAGCGGUACAACGAAGGAAUAAGAGACCGAGUUUCGGUUAGGGACUUUGUUAUCAGAGCGAGCUAUGGUAUGGGAAAUGGAUUCUUUCCAAAGACUGACAACGAAUUUCUGGGGAUUAAGCAGUGGAGCGAUGAGGAGCUUAAAGAGGAGAUAUUCAGGCGCGUGAAGGCCAAUCCGCCUGUUAGUCUUAAGGCCACGGAAUAG